AUGACUUUACACCGGGACUCUAAGGAAGACAGGCCUGUUAGUGGCAGGGUCUCAGGGGAUUACAGCAAACGUGUGUACCAGGGCGUGAGAGUGAAGCACACUGUCAAAGACCUCCUGGCCGAAAAACGAUCCAGGCAGACAAAUAACUCCAGACUCAAUGGCAGUGUCAGCUCCUCCCAGCCUCCGUUCGUCCAGAUGCCAGGAUCACCGGUCAUGUCAGGUUACUACGGUGUUAGGAGAUCGUUCCUGUCUGAUUCCGACUUCCAUAGCAGCAAGCAGUUCUCAAAUGACCUCUAUACCUCCAGCGUGACUAAGCCCUUUGCCUGUGAGUCCUCGGCUGGGCAGAGUCACACAGGCUUGCUGGAGUCCUACUUGACAGAGCCCUAUGGAGAGUACCGCCCACCAGCGCUGACCUCCACACCGAGUUCCCUGUUCAGCACCUCAACUCUGCCGCCACUCCUGCCACCUCCGUUCCCCAGCGAUCCAACUCACUUUGUGUUUAGAGACUCAUGGGAACAGACAGCACCGGAUGGACUCAGUCAACCAGACCCUGUGCCUGCAGAUGCCCUGCAGACCCUGCCACCCAACACCAGUUGCCUCUCCCAGCUGGAGUCAGGAAGCAGCACCCAACACAGGAGCAUGGGAUGGGGGGCAUCCCUUGCUGGAGCUCAACCCUACCCGCUGCAUACGUUGGAAGAUCUGCACCAUACACCAGGCUACUCCACUCCAUCUUCAUACCCCUUUACUUCUUUCAUGACAAUGUCAAGUGAUCUUCAACCCAAGGUGGUGCCCCUCUCCCCAGAGGAGGGGUCAGACACACCCUCCCUUCAUGAUCCUUCGCCUUGGACAAAAGAAGAUGGCAGCAUGGCCUGGGGUUCUUAUGAAUGCCGGAGAGCUUACUGA